AAAGCAGUGUCAUUGACAAACAUGGCUGCCUCCAUGGGUGCUGCAAGCGCUGCCGCCUCCGACUCACAGAGUCCAGCUUCUCCUGCUCCGAGUAUGGACAGCCCGGACAUUCAGUACAGUGCAGUCCUGGAGCAUCUCAUCGGGGACAAGAGGGCCGUUAAGGACCUGAACCCCGCCGUUAUGAGCGGACUGCCGGUGCCUGCGAAAAGCGACGAGCAGAAGAUGAUCGAAAGGGGAAUGGAGAGCUGCGCCUUCAAGUCUCUGCUGGCCUGUGUGGGAGGUUUUUUUUUUUUCUGCCUCAACUUUAGUUGUUUUGUUCUGUCUUUGCAGCACAGAGGAGUUUCUGACUGGAAGAACGCCGUCUACAGCGGCUGUGUAACUGGAGGAGUUAUCGGGUUUCGAGCUGGACUGAAGGCUGGAGUCCUGGGAUGUGGAGGCUUUGCUGCAUUUUCUGCUGCGAUUGAAUAUUAUUUACGGUGAACCAACAAGAACAGACUUUGUGGACAAGAACUUUUUUCCUGCACAUGUGGACAAGAGAAAAAAAGACUCAAUGUGAGAAACUCACUUGUAUGAAUAUUGAGAUGCGCAUGGACCAUUGCUGUAAAACCAGACAGGAGUGUUAAAUGACACCGCGGUGGACUGUCUGUAUUUUACAGUGUAUGUUUAGUUUGAGCAGAACAACCUCAUGUGGAGAAUCUCCAGAACCAGAGCUGAGUGGCUCCACUUCUACAUCAGAGAUAUAAUGAUGAUAUAUAUAUAAAAAAACAAUAAAACAAUAAAAUCUGAGCUCAAAUCACCUUCUGAGUCAGAAUCACCUGAACUUAGACUCAGAUAAACAGUUCUGCUUGUAGAACACUGGUGUGAUGUGUCAGUGUUAUUUAUAUUAAAGAUGUUUUUGUUAACUUGUUCA